CUCCACCAACUGGGAAUGCUAAAACUGGACUGAUGGACGUGUCCGAACUCUGCAUCCCGGACCCGCUCGGCUACCACAACCAGUAGGCUGCUGAACAGAAUGUCUGCAGACGACCGGCACCUCGGCUCCAGCUGCGGCUCCUUUAUCAAGACUGAGCCGUCCAGCCCAUCCUCGGGCAUCGAUGCCCUCAGUCACCACAGCCCUAGUGGCUCAUCGGAUGCCAGCGGUGGCUUUGGCAUGGCACUGGGAGCCCAUCCCAGCGGCCUGGACUCGCCACCCAUGUUUGCAGGCGCGGGCCUGGGGGGCACCCCGUGCCGGAAGACCUACGAGGACUGUGCUAGCGGCAUCCUGGAGGAUUCGGCCAUCAAGUGCGAGUACAUGCUCAACGCUAUCCCCAAGCGCCUGUGCCUCGUGUGCGGGGACAUUGCUUCCGGUUACCACUACGGAGUGGCGUCCUGCGAGGCCUGCAAGGCUUUCUUCAAGAGGACCAUUCAAGGAAACAUCGAGUACAGCUGCCCUGCCACCAACGAAUGUGAGAUCACGAAACGGAGGCGCAAGUCCUGCCAGGCCUGUCGCUUCAUGAAGUGUCUCAAAGUGGGGAUGCUGAAAGAAGGUGUGCGUCUUGACCGAGUUCGUGGAGGCCGCCAGAAAUACAAGCGGCGGCUGGACUCAGAGAGCAGCCCAUACCUGAGCUUACAGAUUUCUCCACCCGCUAAAAAGCCAUUGACCAAGAUUGUCUCCUAUCUGCUGGUAGCUGAGCCAGACAAGAUCUACGCCAUGCCUCCCCCUGGCAUGCCUGAGGGGGACAUCAAGGCCUUGACUACCCUCUGUGACCUGGCAGACAGGGAGCUUGUGGUCAUCAUUGGCUGGGCCAAGCACAUCCCAGGCUUCUCGAACCUGUCCCUGGGGGACCAGAUGAGCCUGCUGCAGAGCGCCUGGAUGGAGAUUCUCAUCCUGGGCAUUGUGUACCGCUCGCUGCCCUAUGAUGACAAGCUAGUGUACGCCGAGGACUACAUCAUGGAUGAGGAGCACUCCCGCCUGGCAGGGCUGCUAGAGCUCUACCGGGCCAUCCUGCAGCUGGUGCGCAGGUACAAGAAACUCAAGGUGGAGAAGGAAGAGUUUGUGACGCUCAAGGCCCUGGCCCUCGCUAACUCAGAUUCCAUGUACAUUGAGGACCUGGAGGCGGUCCAGAAGCUGCAGGACCUGCUGCACGAGGCGCUGCAGGACUACGAGCUGAGCCAGCGCCACGAGGAGCCUCGGAGGACGGGCAAGCUGCUGCUGACGCUGCCCCUGCUGCGGCAGACGGCGGCCAAGGCCGUGCAGCACUUCUACAGCGUCAAACUGCAAGGCAAGGUGCCCAUGCACAAACUCUUCCUGGAAAUGCUGGAGGCCAAGGUCUGACGGGCCGCCCAAAGACAGACCCACGGACUGCGAGGAGACCUCCACAGCCACCAGCCUCGCCCUUCAGCCCUGUGUCCUGGCUCCCAGCAGUCCCAGGGGAGGGGCUCCUGGCUCCGGCUGUGUGUGCACAGACUCCUGGUGCAGGGGUUGGGGCGGGGUGGGGGGCAGGGCGUGGGGCGCAUCUGUAACCUGCUUUUUCUUUGGUAUGUUUCUCCUCUCCAUGGGCUGUGCUAAGACCGGGGCCAGGGCUGACUCCCCCAGGGACUGGUAGAGAUGGUGGAAGCGACCCU